AUGCCGUUUCCCCGCCGCAUCGCCGGUUACCUUUCCGAGAAGCGCAUCCCCCAAUCGGCCAUCACCAUCGUCCACGUAACAGACCCUCAGAAAGGCGAUCACGUCGUCCCCUCUCAAGCCUCCAAAUUCCCGCCUCGUCCGAAAGGUUCCCUUCCAAUCCUCGCAAUCCCACCGAGUGAUGGCAAAGACUGGACGUACAUCAGACAGUCUAUGGCGAUUAUCUACUAUCUUGAAGAAGCGUGUUCGUCCGGAGGUCAACUAGCCCAUCUCAACGCAAGGGCGAUGAUUAAGGGUGACGAUGCACUAGAACGUGCACGCAUUGCAGAGAUUCUGACACUUGCGGAGGAACUUCUCGUCUCAUGGAACCCGGUGCGAUCCUUUGGUACAGGCGCAGGGACUCUGAAGUACCCAGAAGGCGCAAAAGAGAUGCUAAGAUGGGUCAUGCGCACCAUCGCCACCGUGGACAAGCUUCUUGUCGAUCGAGGCUUGGACUACUUGAGGAACGACACGAAAAGCGUCUCGAUUGCGGAUGUAGUACUGUUCCAUUUUUUGGAUUUCGUUGAGUAUUGCUACGGUGUUGAUCUAACGAAAGGAUCUGGGGCUGUGGUGAAGGAUGUGUACGGAAGAGAUUCGCAAGAGGAGUAUCCAAGGCUUGAGGAGUUUUACAGGAAUUUCAAGGUUAGGGAGAGUGCAAAGAGGCAUGCUGAUAGGGGAGAGCUUGCUGCGAGCGAUGUGUUGAAGGUUAUGCAAAGCUGGCACGAUGGAGUGCUCUAG